CUUGGCUGCACUGCAUUCCCUCUAGCAUUCAUUAGUAGCACCAAAGCUUCGUCACUCCUUGUCCUGCACCCCGUUCGCUCACUUGCGUCUCUUACGGCCGUCUUUGCGAUUCGCGAUUUCUUUGCGUGGUGUUUGAGGAGCCUGCGAUUGUCUUUUCGCCUCUCAUUUGCGACCAAGCGAUUGGUUCCCCUGGACCGAAUCCCCCAUUGACCGAAUCAACCUCUCCCGAUCACCGAAUCCGCACAAGCCUCGGAUCCGAGCUCCGUCGACGAUGCCUCCCAAGAUUGAGCAGAAGGAAAUCGAAACAUACUGGAACAUCUUUGUGGAUAGGACAGGUGGUGGACAGUUCCUCACUGGCGACCAGGCUGCGCCCGUCCUCAAGAACAGUGGUCUUCGCGAUGAUCAGCUAGAGAAGGUCUGGGACCUGGCCGACGUGGACAAUGAUGGAAACCUCGACUUCGAAGAGUUUUGCGUUGCUAUGCGACUCAUCUUUGACAUUCUCAACGGGGAGUUUGCCGAUGUACCGAAGACGCUCCCUGACUGGAUGAUCCCCGAGUCCAAAGCCCAUCUGGUGCAGGCGACGAAAGCCAUCACAGGAAAGCAGCCACAGUUUGAGCAAGUCGAAGACGAGGACGACACGCCCGGCUUGAAAGAUGGAUUUGAAUGGUAUAUGAAGCCUGAAGACAAGGCCAAGUACGAGCAGAUCUAUCAGGAAAGCCGAGACAUGCGAGGAGAAGUAUCAUUCUCGGCCCUCGAGGACCUCUACGAGUCGCUAGACGUCCCCGAUACGGACAUCCGAUCCGCCUGGAACCUCAUUAACCCAUCGGCUUCACCAAGCAUCAACAAGGACGCAUGUCUUGCAUUUCUUCACAUUCUCAACAACCGACACGAAGGCUACCGAAUCCCCCGAACAGUUCCGGCCUCACUACGGUCAAGCUUCGAGCGCAACCAGAUCGACUACCAGGUCGACAACCAAAGGGGUGGUGUGUCGUCACGGUGGGCGACCAAGGCAGAUGACACUACGUCGACGGGCCGCAAGGCAAAGUUUGGCGACCAAUAUCUGACAAGGCUGGGUCGCAGCGGCUUCAAGACAGCGGGCACCGACUUUUCGACGGAGAAGACGGAGGACUGGGAGGAGGUCCGGCUCAAGCGCCAGCUGCAAGACCUGGAAGAGAAGAUUAGGAAGGUCGAAGAGAUUGCGGAGAGAAAGAAGGGCGGGAAGCGUGAUUCCAAGCCGGCACUCGUCAAGCGAGAGCUUGAACAGCUUUUGGACUACAAGCGUCGGGAGCUGAGGGACUUGGAAGAGGGCAAGGGCAAGGCCGCCGUUGGUGGCAACUUGAAGAGCAUAUCGGCCGACUUGGAGACGGUCCGUGAACAGGUGGAUGGCCUGGAGGCGCACUUGCGGUCUCGAGAACAGGUCCUGGAGCAGCUGCGGAGGGAGAUUGAGGAGGAGAAGAGGAGCUGAGCAGUGGCGGGAAUCUCGGGUGGUUGUUUUGAGCUUGAAUCAGAUGGCAUGUUGGUCGACGGUGAUUUUCGGCAUAUAAAUUGUACACUUAUUGAUAGAUGAAGUUUUAAUCGAGGCGAAGUUGGUCCUAUGUCACUGCUUACGAGGAGG